AUGGCCGUUUGGGCCUCACCUCACCCUCAAGAUGGCCGGCCUUCGGUCACACGCCGACCUUAUGGACAUGGAGGUCCCACAUCAGGCUUUGCUGGCAAUGGCACUACCAGCAUCAGCAGUCUGGGUACAGCAGCGAGCACGGCGACCUCGACAUCGAGCAGCACCUUUUCCGGCGCCAUCACGACCCCAACCACCCCUCUUACCGUUGUUGCAUCCCGCAGUGGCUCUCCUAUCCACUUCCUGGGAAUGGUCGCUGCUGGGCUGCGCUUUUAUUUGGGAGCAGACACCCUUUCAUACUGUCCGGAUUUUGUGGAAGAAGUGGGGGCAUGCCCGCCCGGCAAUGAAACUGCAUUCACGCUGUGCAACAUGGCCGUUAUUGUCCCUGGAGGUCAGCAAUUGUAUGUUACCCCUCGAGGCGAGAUCGGAUACACCCAAGCACAUUCCAGCUUCAUGCCAAAUGGCUCACUGCCAUGUCCGUUCACGUACUUCAAAGGACCCGGGGCACCGCUUGGGAUUCUGGGCAUCGACGCCUUCGGUGCAACUGGGUUGAUGGCAUGCCCCACGGACGGGGCUGCUUGGCAAGUCUUUGCAAACUUGCCCAACGCCACCGUUCCUCAAGGCAAUGCAUCGCAGUGCUUGGGAUUUGACGCUCUCGCACUGGACUUCCCUAAGCUUUAUGCUGCCUGGCAAUAUACUUGA